AUGUUUGCGCUAGCACUGCGCACGAUCCAUCUGCAGCCGUUUUUCUCUUUGGUGAAGAGAGGUCUCCCUUUGGAGAUCAUAAUGGACGGUGCCAGCGGGGACGAGUUUACCCCGAGUGUUGCUUUGAGCAGCCCAGGUUCUCCUGGGAAACCGCCUACUCCACCGGCUUUGGAGAGCCCCUCUUUCGAACUACCGGGGGUAGAGCCGCCGGGGGGGGGACCAUCGUCGCCGGUGGCGGUCUAUCCGUCGCCAGUGGUGACGGAAGCAGCGGAGAGCCCGUUGCAGGCGGAUUCUACAGAUGGCUCUUCGACGGCAAAGGCUGCUGGAAGCCCUGUGGAGGAGAAUGCUGCGAGGAGUCCGCCGAAGGCGGAUAUUGCAGAGAGCCCUUUGUUCUCAGAGGAGAGCGAAGGGGAGGAGAGUUGGGGCACCCAGUGGCCGAAUCCUUCGAAGCGCCUGCGCGCUGGGGGUCCUUCAGAGGUCGAGGGGCCUACGCCACCGCGGGUUGGAAUCCCGGCGAAUAUCUCGCCGGGCUCGCUGAGCCCUCCGUUUGGUGCGGUUCAGAUGGAUGUGGGAACCCAACUCCUCCCGAGGGCGUUGAGGCUGGAGGCUGGCCGCAGAUGGGAGCAUGCGGAAACGCAGGGCCUUGCAAAGGUCUCGGUCGACUCUACCGAGCCUAUUCCGUUGCUCUCGCACUUGGCGGGGAUUCCAGCGAACAUGAACGAUGCCUACGAUGCCCCAUCCCUGGCGUUCUGUGCGCCAGGACACGCCUUGAGAGCACUUUGCUCUCCGGCGGCGACGAUGCUUGGUCCGAUAGGCCUGCCCGACCUAGAGCAUCCAGCUGCUUGGCUACCAGCCACUCCAGUGAUUCCUGUGACAGCGGCCUAUCCAGAGGAGCCAGUGAGGGUUUCGAGGCCGAAGAUGGUGGAAUCGGAAGCCCAAUGUAUCAUUGGGCAGCAGGAAUGGGAGGUUUGGUUGGGACGUUGCCUAGAGGGCAAGAGCCUGGCAGAGUACGGGCUUCAUAUGGUAGACGUGGAGUUCGCUGUCAGGGUUACCGAACUUCUGGAGGCUCCACGGGCCGCUCGGGCAGCGUGGAAACGAAGGUUCCAGGAAACCAACCCUGUGUCUAUGUUACACUAUAUCUUCCAUUGUCGAGCUGUACUGCAAACCUAUUUGGCUACGCCUGCUGGAUACAAGGGACUGGUGGGAGGACGUUCGAGUCUGCUCGUAAAGGUGCCCCAGUCGGUCACCUCGCUCGAGCUCAAAACGGCUUGGGCGUACCUAGACUCGGGCAUAUAUCUCCGUGUUGCCCGAUACUACCGGCGAAAACGAGAGGAGGAGCGCCUCCACGAGGCCCGGGAAUCCAUGCGAGCGGCGAGGGCCAAAUCGGCAGCGAUCCCUCAGGGCGGUGUUGUGGACACCACCUCUUCGAGCUCCGACGAGGAGUCCUUGCUCCUUGGAGAAGGAGAAGUCACAGCGCUGAACAGGGCCCAGGGCCAAGAAGAUUUAUCCGACAUCGCCAUAUGGCGCACGUUGGAAGAACUUACAGGCCAGAGGCUGUCCCAAUUGGAUGGCUAUGUUGGGGCCGACGAGGGAAAUCAGCCCAAUCAGCCCGCCGAGGCGGGACAGCCGGCACCGCCGAGCCCGGCUUCCUCAAUGCCACCUGGAGAACUGGUGGCUACUGCAUUCAAUCUCCCGAGGGUCUCAGCACCUACUCUUCCGGAGGGAAUGCAAAGGGAGGACUAUCAAAAGCACGGCGUGAACAUCCCGCCGUCGGUUCCAAAAAGAUCUCGGCUACCAACGCCUCCGAGAGCUCUGAGUGCGUCUGCGAGUGGUUCUGCCACCGGACAGACUGCCCAGGAACGGGCAUUUGUGCUCAGCCCGCCAUCUUUAAGCCACAGUCAAGUGACUGCGCAGGUGAGGCAAGCCCUCGAAGAGGGCCAGAGGCUUUUGGAGUGA